AUGAGCCAGAACACUAAGCACCACCGAGUCACUAAUUAUAGAAGGAGAGAUCUUCGAAACACGCUGGAGUCAAGGCUAGGUCUCCCCGUAGAAAAAAGAAGGCUUGUACCUCAACUUUUUAGAUUAAAAAUAACCAACAUAGGUCUUGAUGUAUCUGAUUACACCAUACUUGAUAUAAUCAAGGAAUUCGGAGAACCUGAGUAUAUUAAUUUCCGCGAUCACAAGGACUCAAGGUCAUGCAUUUCUGAUUUCAAGGAUAAUGAAAUAGCUACAAAACUCAUUGAAAAAUACAACAACUUUGAGAUAAAUGGCAAAUCGAUCCAAGUGACUUUACUCGACCAACAAAAAAGGAAAAGGGAUGCCGACCAAGAACGUAGAAAACUUAGACAUGGUCCCAGAGGUGGAUAUGGCAGCCAUUAUACGAAGUCACAAAAACCAAUUGAACAAAGAAAUAAGACAGUUGACGAAUUAAACGCAGAAUUAGAUGCAUAUAUGAAAGAGUCAUAG